AUGGCAUUUUCGAGAUCCAUCACAUUCUCUGCGGUCCUUCUUCUCCUCGUCAACUGUAGCUUCUGUUUCUACCUCCCCGGUGUUACACCACAAGACUUCCAAAAGGGAGAUACAUUGCAAGUACAACUUGUACUUGACGCCAAAACAGCAAAAGCAUUCAAAGAGAAGAUAGAUGAUGAGUAUCGGGUGAACAUGAUUCUAGAUAACCUGCCUCUGGUUGUUCCCAUAAAACGCGCGGAUAAGGACUCUAUUGUUUAUCAGCUUGGUUUCCAUGUUGGACACAAAGGGCAAUAUAGUAGGAGCAAGGAAGAUAAUUUUUUUUAUACACAACCAUUUGGCAUUUAUUGUCAGCUAUCAUAG